AUGAAAGCCCCUAAAGUAAAGGAAGAGUCGGAUGAUGACUCUUAUUCUACUAUCAUUAAGAACAUCUUAUAUUUCUCAUUUGGUUCUGCACUCUAUUUCUAUCUGUGUUCCCCAAUCGCUCACUUUGUUUCAAAGCAUUUUACAACUAUUAACACUGGGGUAAACUUUAUAGACAACAUCUAUUACAGAUACUAUGUUCAUACAAAAUUCCUUCCCCUUCAGUAAUGGGCAUACUAUAGUAUCAUGCUUGCAACUGGCUUCAUGUUCAUUAACCUUGUCAACUUAAAGAACAUCAGAGGAAAUCCAUUUUUAGGUUUCAAUAAUUCUUAUUACCACUUCAAGUACACAAUAUUCCUCUCAUUCGCACUCUUUCUUACCUCUGGAAUAGUUGUUUUCAGAUAAUCACACGAUCUAGCUUCUUAUUGUGAGCAUAAUAGCUAGAUUGAUCCAUUCAUUGUUAACCCAGUUGACCCUAAAUAAACUGAUAUUGAUGUUCAUGCUCCUUUAUUCAAGAUCUUUAUGACCAUUGAAAAGAUGAAUUACACUAGACCUUACAGCAUUCUUGACAAGCCUGACUGCUACAUCUACUCAGAUGACGAGGUAUUUGAUUACAACUAUCACAUUUGGACUUUCGCUUUCCUCCUUGGCCUUCAGUUCACACAUUUGCAAGUUGGAUUCAUGAAGAAUUUUUCACUAUCAUGGGAUAUAAUGAAAACAUGGCCAUUAAUUUUGUGGCUAGUUUUUUUCAGCUUUAUUGGAUUUAUGAUUUACAUCUUUACUUAUCUGUUCUAUCUUUAUGCCCAAAUCAAUUUGCUUUACAACUAUGUUGGAUGUAUUGGAAUAAUUGUAGGUGGUAUUUGGCUCAGAGGAAAAUAACUGGGACCUAAAGCAGUAUUACACAUCCAUCACUACUUCAUUGGAAUAGUUUCAUGCAUGUUAAUCUGUUACCAAAACACCUUUUUCACUGUUCUUCAUGCCCUUUUCAGUGGAGUUAUGAUUGAAGGUGGUUGCAGAUGGGGAUUCGUUGGAAUUUGGUCCUUGCCAUAGGAAAACUCAAUAAACACAGAGAAUGCCAAAGUUAUCUUAACUAGCCUCGCUCAGAGCAAAGCUAGACAUGAAAAUCACAAACUUUUAGCUGCAAAGAAUUAACUUCCUAUUGUUCAAGCUACUCCAUAAUCAAAUAUGGUUGAUGAACAAAGAGUUGGAUUGAUUUAAGAUUCUUCUAGUAAUCAAUCAUUCAGCUAUGAGUACGAGGAUAUAAAGGACUCAAACUAGCUAGCCUGA